ACGGCGGCCAAAGUGAUUCUCAUUCCGUUGCAUUGCAUUGCACAUAGUCACGACUCGUUCAUCGUUCUUAUCGCGUUUCGACCGCAGUGGAAUAAAAUAGAGAAACGAAAUCGUAUCGUUACAAAAACGUUUUCGUUGUUAUUUAUACAGCAUUGUAGAUUUUCGCUCUCUUAUUCGAAAAGAAUUUAACCAGUUUCCCGCCAGUCGUUAACGAUCGCGCGCCGGGAAUAUAUUACUUGACUUAAAAAACGAGCCAUAAUUUAUAUUGUUGUUUUAUCAAAUAACACCAAAAAACUAAAUAAAAUUGACGUAUUAUUAUAGUUAUAGUUUUUUAUUUGGAUUAACGACGAUUUUGUUUUGAUUGAAAAAUCCUUUUUAUUUAUCUAUAUAUUGACUUAAAAUGGCUUUUAUGAUGCCUGUGAUGAAAAAAGACUACAAUAUUUACAACUCAAAUCGUACGAGACGCGUAUCAGAGUGUGCCCACGACAAAUCGUCAUCCAUGGGUUCUUGUGCGAGAAGGCAUCACGUUGGAACCAGGUCGGCUGAUGGUCCGUCAUCACUGUCUACGUCGCCUGGUAGCGACUUUUUGGCUGGGUCGCCUGCCCAUCGCUCUCUUGGUGUGUCCAGGCAGUCCAAUAACGGCCACCAUUCAACUGCAUCAAGGAAUUCUUCUAGGAAUUCUCAGUCGAGCUUGCAAAGUCCUGCUAAAUCAUCAUCAUCAUCAUCAUCAUCUCCUCCAAAACUGUCGUCCUCGUCAUCUCUAAAUAUUUUCCACUCUAAGCUUGUGGAUAAACUUCGGCGGUCAUUGACGUCCAAAUCCAAAGAAAAUGGUACGUCUUCAACAUCUAGUAAAGAUAUUGCUCGAAGAAGAUCCUGAGAAUUAGCCAAAGGCGAUGAUCAUCCAAGAUCAGCACCAAAUCUAUCAAGGUCUACUAAAAAUCGGCCAGCAUCCAACAUGACUACAUCAUGUCCGUCGGGUACCAAUAUUGUCCUAUGACAGUUGCAAUAACAGCAAGCGUAGUAUGCACAAUAAUUUGGUAAGCACUUUGCUAUGAAUACUAUUUUUUUAAAUAAAUGCAUCUGAUUUGGAAAGACUGUUUUGAAAAUUCGAUGUGUUUUUUAAAGACUAAUAAUAAAGUAUUCUCGAUUUGUAUAAUAUAGACUACAUUAAGUUAAAUCAUUAGCUUAUUUAACAAUUUUUUUAGUUUCAAAUUAAUUGUAUAUAAUAAAAUUGACAGCUUAAGACCUAUAUCAACAUUAGGUUUUUAAUUUAUUUAAGCAAUUUAAAUAAACAAAAAAAAGGUUCACAAGUUAAUUUUAAGUCAAAGCCUAUCAAUCAAUAAGGAAAUAAAAUAUUUAAAAAAUUUAUGAAAUUAAUUUUAUUCAAAUUAUAUUAUUGUUAAAAUUGUUUUGAUGAAUUAACAGUGAUAAAACAAAUGAGGGUUUUUUUUUCUAAUUUUAUGUCUUGUAGGUCAAACAUUAUCGUUUUAAUAUUUAAAUCUAUUUAUUAACAUUCUCUGGAAUCUAGGCAAGAAUAAUUAUUAUAAAACAAAAGGUGUUUAUACUAUGUUCUCUUACCAACCCAUCAUUCUAGUGUUAUUUCAGUAUGAUGAUUGAAACAAUAUAUAUUUUUUAAAAAUGAUGAAAUUUUAAAAUACUCCAGCUAUUUGUAAGGUGCACAUUAUAAGUCUGAUUGACCAAUAAUAAUUUUUUAUUCAUAUACAAUUAAAAUAAAUUAUAAUUUUUGAAUUCCAUUCAUUGAACACAAUUAAGUUAAUUUAUAAAUAGCUUAUAUGUUCAAAUGGACAAAAACGAUAGACUGUUUUUCAAAUAUUUAGCUGUAAAUUAGGAUGUUAUAAGUUUCAAGUAAUUAUGUUUUACAUAAGGGUUGGUAAGUUAAGUUUGAAGCUCUGUUUUAUUUAACAUAAGUAAAAUUUAAUCAACCAUAUUAUAAUCUGUGAUACAUUUGUUACUAUUUUUUUAAGAUAUUCAGCUUAUAUCAAUAUUUAUUUAGGUGAAUAGAAUUUAUAAUUAUUUUGUAUUCUCUCUGGUUUACCUGUUUUUUUAAUGAUUUUCCAAUAAAAUCUAUAGAUAUUUUUAGAAAUUAAUGUUCUACAAUAUUUUCAUGUAUAACUUAAAACUCAAAUUUUUAUUGGAUGUCAUAACAUGUAUGGUUAUAUCAUAAUUUUUAACUUUAAAUAAUUAAAAUGUCUACGUAAGUAAUCAAAUUUAUUAAACCAGCCAUCUUUUUAAAAUUAAUUUUCAUUCUAGAAAUCUCAUGACUAGAUAAAUAAAAUUAAUAAAUAAAUAAAGCAUUAAUAAAACUAAUUGUUAUGUAUUUUUACUUGUUCAAUAAUAUUUAAUCAAUAAAUAAAAUAAUCUGAAUUUCAAUUAACUCUUAAUAAAAUUUUUAUGGCAUCUAAUAAUAAAUGCAUUUUACUUGUCUAGAAACCACUUAAAUAAAUAAUGCAUAACAUGAUGUGAUAAUUGAUUGUCCUUAUAAAACAAUAGUCAAAAUAAUUGUUAUGUUUAAUUUGUAUUUAGAUUGAGAAAGAAACUAGUCUUUUAAUUAUUUUUAAGUAUUUUUUUUAUCAUAUCUGAUACCAAACAAAAUUUAUCACCAGUUUUUUUCUUCAUUAAAACAAAAUCAUGCAAAUUAGACUGAUUGAUAGACUAAAUACUAUGUAUAUUUAUGUUUUUUUACAGUAUUAAAGUAAUUAAAAUGGUUAUUAAAAAUAAAUUGUACUUAAAUACAUCUUUGUGCAGAAUUAUUGUUCUUUGUUAAAACAAAUAAAAAAAUUUAGUUAUUGAACCUUGAUAUUUUCUUUUUGGCUACAAACCAAAUACAAAAAUUAUAUAAACAACUGUAUUCUAAGCCUCUUUUUAUUUAUUAUUUAUAAGUGAAAAUGUAUUUGUAAUAAAUUGUAAUAAUUUUAUUUAAAUCAUUAAUAAAAUAUUUUUUAUUGUUCA